GAGCCCUAGCGCUUACCGUACAGCGAAGCUGGAAGAUGGCGGCUACCGUGCUGAAAGACCUAGGUUCGUCUUGGCUGAGGAGUGUAAGGAACCGCGGGUCGUGUGGUUCGGGAUUGCUCUCAUCACAAAAUGUUUUGCCUGUGUCACAUAUCCACAUGAGUGCUUCCCUUGAUAUCUCAAAGAAAUGGGAAAAGAAGAAUAAACAAGUUUAUCCUCCACAGCUGCCAGGAGAGCCUCGAAGACCUGCAGAAAUAUACCACUCCCGAAGACAAAUAAAAUACAGCAAAGACAAGAUGUGGUACUUGGCAAAAUUGAUAAGAGGAAUGUCCAUUGACCAAGCCCUGGCCCAGAUGGAAUUCAGUGACAAGAAAGGGGCAAAAAUAAUCAAAGAGGUUCUUUUAGAAGCGCAAGAAAUGGCAGUGAAACAUCACAAUGUAGAGUUCAAAUCCAAUUUAUACAUAGCUGAAUCUACCUCUGGUCGGGGCCAGUACCUGAAACGCAUCCGCUACCAUGGUCGGGGUUUAUAUGGCAUUAUGGAGAAGGUUUAUUGCCAUUACUUUGUGAAACUGGUGGAAGGACCUCCUCCUCCUCCUGAGCAGCCAAAGACAAGCUAUGUCCAUGCCAAGGAAUAUGUUCAGGAGCUUCGUAAUCGGACCAUCAUUCAUUCACUAUGAUGACUUCAAACCCCACUGUGUCUAUUUUCCUCCUCCUUUUUCUCAAAAACAUAAAUAAAAAAACAAAGACAAA